GCAAUAUACAAUCACAUGUCAUCCAUUCACGAUUCGCUCGUCGCGUUAGACAGUUGAAAGGAAAACAACAGGAUACUUUUACUAAAAACUAAAAGAGGCAGUAACUAUGAAAGUAUGGAUAGUGAAGACUGUUUGAUGUCUGGAACAACAGUAGAUUUUUAUGAUGCGCACUUAACAGUGUGUGCAGGUCCCAGUACUUGUGAGGAACAAAAUGUGAGUGAAUGCAGUGAAUUGAAACAAUGUGAACAUGAUGGCCAUUCAAACAAAUAUUUAAAAAUGAAUGAUAAAGAGAUGACAUGUGAGUGUAAAUGCUGUGGACAAAAUUUUGAUAUAGAUACUUUGAAAACACAUUUGGGAAUCAAAACAGAAGAUGUGCUACUACUUCAGUGUGAACACUGUGGAAAGCAAUUUGAUAACAGAAGUGAAUUGGAAAAACAUUUGAAAACACAUACAGGAGACUCAACUUAUGGAAAGAAUUCUGUGAGUUGUGACAAUUUGACAGUGCACACAACAUAUGAAUGUUUUCAUUGUGGAAUGAAAUUUCCACACAGUAGCCUAUUGAAAAGUCAUCUGAGCAUACACAGCGGAGAGACACAGUAUGAAUGUGAACAUUGUGGAAAGAAGUUUAAUAUAAUGACCAGUUGGAAAGCACACGUGAUGAUACAUGCAUUAGAGAAGCCAUACAAAUGUGAAUAUUGUUUAAAGAAGUUUAAAAGAAAUAAUGCUUUGAAAACACAUUUAUUAAUACAUACAGCAGAGAAGCCAUAUGAAUGUGAAUAUUGCGGAAAGAGGUUUUUAAAAAAGAAUGGUUUGAAAACACAUUUAAUGAUACAUACAAGAGAGACGCCAUACGAAUGUGAACAUUGUGAAAAGAAGUUCUAUCACAGUAUCCAUUUAAAAAACCAUGUUUUGUGUACACACACAGAAGAUACAAAUUCUGUGAAUAGUGGCAGGAAAACUGAUUUGAAGAUGCACACAGCGUAUGAAUGUUUUCAUUGUGGAAUGAAAUUUCAACACAGGAGCUCGUUGAACAAACAUAUGAAAAUACACAGUGAAGAAACAACAUAUGAAUGUGAACAUUGUUUCAAGAAAUUUCAAAACAGGAGUUCAUUGAACAAACAUCUGAGAACACACAGUGGAGAAAGACCAUAUGAAUGUGAACAUUGUGGAAAGAAAUUUCAAAGCAGGAGUUCAUUGAACAAACAUCUGAGAACACUCAGUGGAGAAAGACGAUAUGAAUGUGAACAUUGUGGAAAGAGGUUCAACGAAAAUAGCACUUUAAAAACACAUAUGAUGUUGCAUACAGGAGAAAGGCCAUACGGAUGUGAAUAUUGUACACAGAGAUUUAUUACCAAUACCAGUUUGAAAAUACAUUUGAUGACACAUACCGGAGAGAUGCCACAUGAAUGUGAAUAUUGUGGAAAGAGGUUUAAGACAAACAGAAGUUUUAAAACACAUUUAUUGAUACAUACAGGAGAUAAGCCAUAUGAAUGUGAACAUUGUGGCUGGAAGUUCAACCAGCAUAUCCAUUUAAAAAACCAUAUUUUGAGUAAGCACACAGAAGAUAAGAAUUAUGUAAAUAGUGGCAAUUUCAAGAUGGACACAGCAUAUGAAUGCACUGAUUGUGGAAAAAAAUUUCCACACAGUAACUUCUUGAAAAGACAUCUGAGAAUACAUCGUGAAAAAACAUAUGAAUGUGAACAUUGUGGAAAAAAGUUUAGUCUAAGUGACCGUUUGAAAAUACAUUUGAGGAUACAUACAGGAGAAAAGCCAUACAAAUGUGAACAUUGUGAAAAGAGUUUCAAACAAAUUAACCAUUUAAAAAAACAUAUUUUGCGUAUGCACAAAGAAGAGAAUUUCCUAAGACGUCUCGAAUACGCUACUUCGCAGGGAAGACCCCUUGACCCCCACCGGCGGUCUUUGGGAAGGGACAGUCCACAGUCCCGGCCGCACCGCUUCAGAGAUUUUUAUGCUGCACACUUAACAGUGUCUGCAGGUCCCAGUACUUGUGAGCAGAAAAAUGUGAGUGAAUGCAGUGAAUUGAAACAGUGUGAACAUGAUGGCCAAUCAAAGGAAUGUUUAAAAAUGAACCAUGAAGAGAUGACAUGUGAAUGCAAACUCUGUGGACAAAUUUUUGAUAUAGUUACUUUGAAAACGCAUCUGGGAAUCAAAACAGAAGAUGUGCUUCUACUUCAGUGUGAACAUUGUGGAAAGCGAUUUGAUAACAAAAGUGAAUUGGAAAAACAUUUGAGAGUACAUACAGGAAAUUCACCAUAUGAAUUUGAAAAUUAUGUAAAUAAUUCUGUGAGUAGUGGAAAUUUGAAGGUGCACACAACAUAUGAAUGUUUUCAUUGUGGAAAGAAAUUUCAACACAGUAGUAAAUUGAAAAGACAUCUGAGAAUACAUAAUGGAGAGACACCAUAUGAAUGUGAACAUUGUGGAAAGAAGUUCACCCAAAAUAGUACUUUGAAAACACAUUUGAUGAUACAUACAGGAGAGAAGCCAUACAAAUGUGAAUAUUGUGGAAAGAGGUUUAAUAGAAAUACCACCAAUACAAGGAGAGCGGUGAUGGAAAUUGAACCAGGGACCAAGAGACAUCCAAGAUUCGAUACCAUGGAUCAACUACCUUCUAUAAAAGAAGUUACAACUGUGCCAUAUGAAAGGAGUUCAGGAGAUGAAUCCGAUUUCGAAAUCAAAACAGAAGAUGUUUUAUUUCAAUGUGAACGUUGUGGAAAGGCGUUUGAUAACAAAAGUGAAUUGGAAAGACAUUUAAAAGUACAUGCUGGAGAAAUGUCUUGUGAAAAUGAGACCCCAUAUGAAUGUAAACACUGUAAUCAGAAAUUUAAUAAAAAAGAAAGUUUGCAAACACAUUUAAUGUCACAUGCAGGAGAAAAACGAUUUGAAUGUCAAUUCUGUGGAAAGAGAGUUACCAGAAGUACUACUUUAAGAACACAUAUGAGAAUACAUACUGGAGAGACACCAUUUGAAUGUGAACAUUGUGGAAAGAAAUUUAAAAGCAGGUUCAAUCUGAAAUUACAUUUGAGAAUACAUACUGGAGAGAGACCUUAUAAGUGCGAGCAUUGUGGAAAGGGGUUUAGAAUCUGCGGCAAUUUAAAUAAACACAUGAGGAUACAUACAGGUGAAACACCAUAUGAAUGUGAAGAAUGUGGAAAGAAAUUUAAUCAAAAUAGCACUUUGAAAACUCAUCUGAUGAUACACAGAGGUGAAACACCGUACGAAUGUGAAUUUUGUGGAAAGAAGUUUACUCAGAAUAGUGGUUUGAAAGCACAUUUGAGGACGCAUACCGGAGAGACACCAUAUGAAUGUGAACAUUGUGGAAAUAAAUUUAAACAGAGGAAUGCUUUAAAAACUCAUUGGACGGUGCACUCUGAAGACAUGCCUUAUGAAUGUGAACAAUGUGCAAAGAAGUUUAAACAGAAAAGCCAUUUGAACAGACAUUUGAAAACGCAUACAAAAGAGAAACCAUAUGUGUCGAAUAACAACCGAUUUGGUUCAGAUCACUGGUUAAGCAUCGUUGGGUUAUCAAAUUGAUUGUAUACCAAAUAUUACCACAUGUUUCUUAAAGUGUAUCUAAAAUGUAUGGUUCUGUGUUGUAAUUUAAUUUAAUUUGUCUUAUGGUCAGAGAACGGUAUGUACUGUACACUUGGCAGUGUGUGCGUCUUGCACUUGACUGCUAGUAAAUUUGCAGUUUUAAAUUUUUUAUUCCCGAUAAAAGAAUGCAGAUAUUUAACUGAAUUUUUUGUGUGUAAAAUAUACUACCUUAAAGUAGCAUAGAAUGCAUUUCCUGAGAUUUAGUGAAACAAAUUUUUUAGGGAACCAUGCCCCAGAUUUUCUGGGGUAGGAGCUUUCGAACCUGGCAUCACUGUUGUGGUCUUGUUACCCAGUACUUUUUUAUUGCCCCUUUAGCAUUAGAUAUGUCCCUGUCAGCAUUUACACUCCUGUGGAAUGUGUGAAAAAUUGGUACUGUAUUUAUUGUGGUUGUCAGGUUAAGAAACUGUUUUGACCUAAAUAUUACACUGACUAAACAAAUACACACAUACAUCAUUUGUCAUAAAUAUGUUUUACGAUUAAUGGAAAAAAUAGGAGGAAAAAUGAGUUAGUACCUUAAGAAAUGUCUCGAUUCAACGACAUGAACGGUUCUAUUGUAGACUGGGUCUGUUAUAAAAGCUAACUAAAUAAAUAGUUUCAACGUUGUGUGUAAUGUUAAAGCAAUUGAUUAUGCGCUUACAUAAUUGUAAAUACAUUUCUCUGGUAUAUUAAAUAAUUAAUAAUUACUGUAACUCGAUAAGGAUCUGUUUUCUGACACAACUACAAGUUGCAACUAUGCGUGGCAAUGAAGGCUGUAUAGAUACAGUACUCCUCGUCCCAGGAUAUGACUUCUUUGGCCGCCAUAUGUAGGCAUUAUCCCAUACCAGCUGUGGUGUAGCCUAUUGAAGUCUUUGUUAAACUUCUUAAUUGUAAGUGUUAUUUGUCUGCACAAUGUAUUUUUUUCAUGUACAGUAUUAUUUAUUUUCAGGUAAAGAAUGUCAAAUUUAUUAUUUACAGGUAUUCAGAAGUGUUAAAAGUGUAAGUUAAUUGAGGUGUAAUUUCAGUGAAUAAUUGAAAUAAAUCUAAACGUUUUGCGUUGCUACACAAUUUGAUUUUUCAAUACAGAUUGCGUUUUACUGUAUGUAGUGGGGAUGGCCUAAUGGCCUUAUAUUCGUGUACCAACCAAUGCUGUAGCCAGGAUUUUCAAACAGCGUGGGACAAUUUUAGGGUGGACCCAAUUUACGCAUAACCUUAAAUAAUGUGGACACAUUUUACGCAAAAAUAUAAGCAAUCUGGACCCAUUUUCUAAAAAUUUUACCCAUUUUAGGUUAAAUAUGAGAAAUCUGGACCCAUUUUCCAAAAAGUGAACUCAUUUUGUGCAUACAACAACAUAAUUUGAACCCAUUUUUAAACUUUGGACCCAUUAGAAAAUCGUGUGUCCCAACUGUCCUAAUAGCUGGCUACAGCAUUGGGACUAACACGUAUGAUGUAGAUUGUCAAAAAGUACCUUACUGUAGUACUCGUAGUACAUGUAGUGUAUAUAUUAAGAGGAUUAAUCAUUCAAUAGCAGCCUAAUUUUGUUUUCCUUUGCAAAAACCUGAAUACUUAAAUGGGAAUAAAAUGUACCAUAUUGAUACCGUUCUAUCAUACAGUAGGGCCCUAUGUGAGUGUUACAAUAUUUCAUUGUAGGCAAGGUUAAUUCCCACAAUCAACUAAUAGCAGCCUAAAAAAACUUGAAUAAUUUAAUAUUUGUAGAAAUAUAUAUAUGUAGUGUACGGUAUAGAUAA